GUCAGUGAAUAUAACGCCAGAGUUGUGGAUCGCCAAAAAAGAAACAGAAAAAUACACUUGGUCUAGGCAGCUUUUAAUGUUAGUUUAGUUACGUUAGUUAUGUUUUUAAUCCCCAAACUUCAGUUUCUGUUGGUCUGCAUGGACAUACUGGGACACGCUGUGAUGCCUUUGCACAGAGACGGCCCUUUCCAGCGCACAGAGACAGUGGAUCUGUUGCAGCGUUUGUCCCACAUGGCGGUGAACAGCACUGAUGCAUCCCUAACAGUGGACAGUCAAGGUUGUCCAACUCUUCAAAUAGGCCUUUACACCAGUCUGAUGAUGAGUGCGCAGCAUGCGUUUGGACCAGGGUUUUCUGAUGAGUUCAGCUUGCUGGUGGGCCUCCGCAGUUCUCAGGUGGAGGAAAGCAGUGUGUUGACUCUGUUGAACUCACAACAUCACAUCCAUCUGCAGCUCCGACUUGGCCCACGUUCAAUCACCUUCAUCUCCACCCAACACAGAGAAUAUGAGUUCCCUGUGGCACCUCUGUUUGACGGUCAGUGGCACCAGGUGUCACUGGGUGUGUCUCCGCUCUGGUUGGAGGUUUAUGUAGAUUGUUCUCUUGUGGAGAUGGUGAACUGGGCUUAUCCUUGGCAGGGUAUCUCCAUAGAUGGCCUGCUCAUGAUUGGAGGAACCCUAGAGGGCUUUGAAACACCCUUUGAAGGUGCUGUGAGACAAAUGACCUUUGUGAUGGGAGAUCCAGAUGCUGCCAGGGACCACUGUACUCUCCAUCGGCCAUCCUGCAACCUACCAGCCUCCGAUGCAUUCACGCAUACCCUGUUAGAGAGAACCCACCCACACUCUACCCAUCGAGAUUCUCCUACUGAAAGCCAUGGCUUCGUACUUGUUGAUGAACCUCCUGUUGUGUUGGACUCUAAUAAUGAAGACAGAAUUCAUGACCGUGGAUCCUCUCCAGGAAUCCAAACACUAGAUGAAAAAAACCCAAAGAGGUACUGGGGGACAAACAGCAAUGAGGAAGUGCAGUCUUCUAUGGUUGUGCACCAUAUGGAGUCACUGCCUUCUGUACCUGCCACUGGAUCAGAGAACAUUAUCUAUGGAUCUGACCGGAGACGAUACAGAAUUCACAAAGGCUCUUCUGGGCCCAUUGGACCACCCGGAAGAAAUGGAUGUGCUGGGAGAGAAGGUUAUGUUGGAUUUAAAGGUGAUAAGGGUUCUCAGGGAAUUCCGGGGCUUGAUGGGAGGAGAGGGGACCCAGGGCCUCCGGGACCUCCAGGGCUUCCCACUCUCUACCUCUGGAGGAACUCUAAGGAGGACUGGACUGAUUUACGGAAACAGGUCUUCUAUCAGAUGCUCCGAGCUGGCUGGCCGGUGAAGCCUGGCCCACCAGGACCAGUGGGUGAAAUGGGCAAACCUGGCUCUCCAGGUAUUCCUGGAGAUCCAGGGGACAGGGGAUGGCCAGGAACAAGAGGUGAAAUGGGUUACCCUGGGCCAAAGGGUGUCACUGGAAACACAGGGAGGUUGGGCAGAAGUGGCAGUCCAGGAGUGGAUGGACACGAUGGGCCACCAGGGCUACCUGGUCUCCGGGGCCCCAGAGGCUUUAAAGGAGAAGCAGCUUCACCCGGGGAGAAAGGUGAUGAGGGUUUCAUCGGUGAACCUGGGCCAAGUGGAGACAGGGGGAGAAAAGGGGGAAAGGGAUCUAAAGGAGAACCAGGGGAAGAUGGCCUUGCUGGCCUUCCUGGUCCUUUAGGUAAAAGAGGCAUUCUGGGACUCCAUGGACCUCCAGGGGCACAGGGAAACUCUGGAUUUGAUGGCAUGAAAGGUCCUCCAGGAAUGGUGGGUGCACCAGGGGCCACUGGUGGUAUAGGACCGCCUGGACUGAAUGGGUCUGAGGGGGAUCAAGGUCCAACUGGUCCAAGAGGUGCUAAGGGCCCUCAAGGAUUAUCAGGUUUAGCAGGACAGACAGGCUCACAUGGACCUCAAGGGAUUCAGGGUCGACUAGGAAACGAUGGCCACCCAGGUCCAAAAGGAGAGAUAGGUGAAAUGGGACCUGUAGGAAGAAGAGGAUUGCCUGGCAUUGAAGGAUCCAUGGGGAUGCCUGGAGGUCCUGGACCAAAAGGAUUUCCAGGAGGCAUAGGAAUCCAAGGACUGGAUGGUGACAAAGGAGAGCCUGGAUCCAAAGGAGACAGUGGACCACCAGGUGCUACAGGGAUCCAGGGUCGCCAGGGAGAGCGGGGAGAACGGGGAACUUUAGGUCCUCCAGGCGAGAGAGGUCAAACGGGGGCUCCAGGAAAGGAGGGUGAAGAAGGCGAGCCUGGUUUCCAAGGAGUGGUUGGGAAACAGGGGCCAAAGGGCAACAGAGGCUCUCCAGGACAAAAGGGGACGUUAGGCCUCAAAGGAUCAAGGGGUCGGACAGGAAUCCCUGGCCCGUAUGGUCCACCUGGCAUGCUGGGUUUUAGAGGCCCAGUUGGGAUUGAGGGACCAGAAGGAAAGCCUGGUACACAGAGUGUGCCUGGCUCUAUUGGCUCUCCUGGCCUUAGAGGACACAGAGGAUUGCUCGGUGUGGCUGGUGAUCGUGGUCAUGCGGGUUCUCCAGGAUCUCCAGGUUCUCCCGGAAAGCCAGGUCAAGAUGGGAUCCCUGGGGCAUCCGGGGAGAAGGGCUUCACAGGAAAACCAGGAAUGAUGGGGCCCCAGGGCCCAGUGGGCAUGUAUGGUUACCCUGGAGCAUUGGGCCCAACUGGGAGGCCAGGCCACAUGGGGCAAAGGGGAGAUGCUGGUGUCAGAGGCCCUCCUGGCAUAUCAGGAAAGACUGGACCACAGGGUCCACGGGGACCUCCUGGAGAGAGAGGGCCAAGGGGAGUACAGGGCCAUCAGGGAGAGCUUGGUCCCAAAGGGAUUCAGGGACUGAAAGGCCCCCCAGGCCCAAAAGGACCAAUGGGUGGCAUGGGUAGUCCUGGUCCACAUGGGAGCCAGGGGCCUCCAGGUCCAACAGGGUCAGCUGGACCUAGAGGAAUUCCAGGAACACCAGGGAUUGUUGGACUGGUGGGUGAGACUGGAGAAAAAGGUCUGCAGGGAGGAAUGGGUCGUGCUGGAGAGAUUGGCGCUCCAGGUCUGGAAGGGCAGCAGGGUCCUCCAGGUCCUACUGGUGAAGGAGGGAAAUCUGGAACAAAAGGUGACCAGGGAGCUCCAGGCCCCAAGGGACAACCAGGGCCCAAGGGACUUGACGGAGAGCCAGGACCUCAGGGCUCACAAGGACUGCAGGGUGAGCCUGGGCAGAGGGGAAAUGAGGGAGAGGUUGGGGAACCUGGUGUUCCUGGGAAUCCAGGUAUUAAAGGGGCAAAGGGAGACAUGGGAAGCGAUGGUCUUAUGGGAUCAUUUGGGCCUCGAGGACUCCAAGGCAUACGAGGACAGAGAGGGUCUAAAGGAGAAAAGGGUUAUGAAGGUUUAAUGGGUCCAGAGGGUAUCAUUGGAAAAGCUGGACCAUCUGGCUUAUUAGGACUGCAAGGGUUUCCAGGUAUUUUUGGGGUUCCAGGAACUGAUGGGGUACCAGGGCUGAAGGGAGACAAAGGUCCUCCUGGUUUGACUGGGACGUCAGGAAAACAAGGUCCAAAGGGAAUAGCAGGAAGCUUGGGCACAAAAGGUGACAUGGGAAAGAGUGGACCAGUGGGGAAUGCAGGGCUUACAGGAAAACCAGGAAAUGCUGGUCCAAAGGGGUUUUCUGGUCCUGAGGGGUUGAGAGGGGAGACUGGAACAAAGGGGGAACCAGGAGAGGUGGGUCCUGAUGGUUUGCCAGGAAAUAAAGGUCCUCCAGGAUUAGCAGGAUCUCAGGGCGAUGAGGGUGAGAUGGGACUUCCAGGUCUUGUUGGCCCUCCAGGAUCUCAGGGAUCAAAGGGUAGUCGUGGGCUGGAGGGAAGGAAAGGACAAAAAGGUGAAAAGGGCAAACAUGGCAAACGUGGACGUCCAGGAAAGAUUGGACACACUGGAAAGAGGGGGAUAAGAGGGAAAGCUGGAAGCAGAGGCAUAAGAGGAAUGCAAGGAGAAAAGGGGAAGGUGGGAGAUGUUGGUCCAUUUGGUCCUCUGGGGAGACACGGUACAUAUGGUGAUGCAGGCCUACGUGGGCAAAAAGGUGAAGUGGGAGGACCUGGCCUUAAGGGGGAGCCUGGAGUCACAGGACCACCUGGUCCUGCUGGUAAACAAGGGUUAAAGGGUAUGCAAGGAUCUAUUGGCAAGCCUGGAAGAGCUGGUGAAAAAGGAGAGCAGGGGGAUAUUGGUCCACCAGGUAGUCGAGGAGCUCCCGGCCUGCCUGGGUUGCCUGGUUUGUUUGGACAUAAGGGACUCCAGGGCUUUACAGGACCACCUGGCCAUAUGGGAAAGAAAGGCUUACCUGGUCCUCCUGGCCCACCUGGACCUUCAGGAGCCUCAUUAAACCUCACAAUGACUCAACUGAAGGAGCUCAUGUACAUGUCAGACAAACCCAAUUACGUCCUGGUCCAGACUCUUUUGGGCUCCCUUCAGAAUGAUUUACGUUGGUUCAUAAAUCCACCAGACGGCAGCAAAGUCCACCCAGCGACAACAUGUCUGGAGCUGUGGCUUGCUCAUCCCAACUCCACUAAUGGGAUGUAUUACAUUGAUCCUAACCAGGGCAGCCCAGCUGAUGCCUUUCAAGUAUAUUGUGACUUUACAACAGACCCGAAGACCUGUCUGUCUCCACUCCAGCCUCAGGUUCCAGUAAAAUCGUGGUUGAAGGAUUCUGGCGCCAAUUUGUCGUUUCAGUGGUUGAGCACAGAGAAAGAUGGCUUCCAGUUUGAGUAUCCAGGUGGAACAGAUGUGGUGCAGAUGAGGUUUCUGCGGCUCAACAGCAGAAUCUCCACUCAGACCAUCACUUACUCCUGCCAGCCAGGAUAUAGACAGAGCCACCACAAGAGGGAAGUCAAGUUCCUGGCUGACACUCGGAGACAGAGUUAUCUGGGGGAGCUGCGGGACUGUGUGCCCUCAGAGGACCUGGACCUGGAUCGUGAGUCUAUUUUUCAUUUUGAAAGUGAGGAUCUCCAGCUGCUGCCUCUGAGGGACCUGGCCGUGUUUGGAAAUGAAGAAGUAACCCAAGAGUUCGGCUUCACAAUAGGGCCAGCAUGCUUCAGCUAGUGAAAGCCCCCAUUCCUUAGCAUGACUACAUUCUCCACUUUUAAAACCUGGAGAGACAAACCAUGUUCUAGCACUUUUUUUAAUGGUUUUUAGAGCAUGGCAUUAUUUUUAAAUUGGCUUUGAUUUCUUAUUCAUAGUUGUCCAACUGCUUCACAUUGACCAGCCAAUUUAUUUUGGAUGUCCUACUCAACCUGCUGACCAAGUGUAUCCUGGGUCAACAACUAAACUAAGUUAGGACAAAAGACACAAAGUGAGUGAGAUAUUCUCUAGGAGGAAGCGUUACCCUCUAUUUCUGAAGGUUUUCUUUGUACAGAGUGACUGACAACUCGUCUACUUUUGACACCAGGGAUAUUUUGAAUCUGAUGUUCUUGACAAAAUAUAUUUUGUACAUUUUGCUUGUGUGAAUACGUUUUUAAAAUCUGCUUAUUUAUGUUAACUGUCAAUAUUAAUUUAUCCUUUUAAUAUUGAUUCAGGUACAUUUUGUGUUUGUCACUGUGUUAAAGUAAGAACUGACGUGGUACCAGGAGCUUGGUGAUGUAGGGACAACUCGUUUUCAUGGACGUAUUUUAAGAACUAGAUAUUGGACUUGUUGAUGACACCCAUUUGAGUCCCUUGCACAUGAGUGUGACCCCACUUGAUGUAGACUUUUAAGUCAUGUAAAUAAAGUUCACUUUUCUAGAGCUCUGGGAAAGUUUUAUAACAGU